CCUGACGCAACUAUUCCCGCCCCUCUUCCGGUAGCUCCCGGAUCGGAUUCGGCUGCUCCAGUCAGAACAGCGGUUCUUGUGGGCUUCACCUCUGCAGUUAAUGAGCCACUUAUGCGAUGACGAGCUGAUAUGCGGCUGCUCGGACUUUCAGACAAGACUGAUGAUGGACGCCACUUCGUCUCCACAGAUCGUGGAGGAGGCAGAGUCUAGGAGCAGUGUAGAUCUUCAUGGAGAUGACGAUCUAUUGACGCUAAAGGCUUUGACUGAAAAAUUAAGACUGGAGACCAGGAGGCCAUCUUAUCUGGAGUGGAAAGCUCAACUGGAGGCAGAAAGCUUCAAAGAUUCACAGACUGGAAAAUUACAGGUUCAGGAGGACCGGGAUGGGCAACCAGUCACGUACAAAGAGGCUGCAUCAAACUCAGAUAAAAGUCAGCGAAAGCCACCCUCAGGUGUGCUGAAGGGCUUUGAAAACAUCGACGAAGCUCUCUCUUGGCUCAGAAAAGAACUGACAGAUAUGCGCUUGCAAGACCAGCAGCUGGCCAGGCAGCUCAUUCGACUCCGGAGCGACAUCAACAUGCUGAAGAUCGAGCAGACGUGCCACCUGCACCGUCGCAUGCUCAACGACGCCACCUUCGGCCUUGAGGAAAAGGACGAGCUGUCCGACCUGCUGUGCGAGUGCCCCGUCACCCCAGGGCUCGGGCUGUCGGACCCCCUGAGACUAAUCGGGGUCACUAAGAUGAACAUUAACUCUCGAAGGUUCUCACUCUGCUAGGUCAAACUUUGUGAAAAGUGACUAUAACAAAUCCUUAAAAGCUUGCUGAGGACUAGGUUUGAGUCAUGUAAGUCAACAGAUAGUGUGUUUGCCAUUAAAGUUCCUUGCAAAAGCAUUGAUGCCCCUUGACCUUUUACACAUACACAAAAUGCAGUGGGUGGAGAAACAUGAUUUGCAUUAAAGUCAUGGGAGAUACUAUGGAAUUUAUUAGUGAUCUGUCCGACAGGGAGAAUGUUGAGCAAAAACAGAAGUGGGCCCAAUACAGAGCCUAGAUGAAUACAAGUGGAACCUGACAUGAUGGUGUUUAUAUGGACACCCAGGAUUCUGUUUUCAAAAAGGUAAUUUUUUAAAAUAAUUCAGAGGGCUCAACAAUAUAAAAAUUAAAAUUCUCCUUAUUAGUCUUAUUGUAAUUUGUUGUCUUACUAGACGUAGCCUGUUUCUUGUAAAUUUAUUGAUUUAAUCAUGUAAUCAGCUAGAAUAAUUUCAAUUAUUUUGGGUAGGCAUAGCUCUGGGAGGCUUUACUGUUGAGUUAGUGCUGCUAUAUAUUCAGAAGUGAGCAAAAUACAGGAUAAGGAAGCUUUAAUCAGGUGUCGUUAGUGCUUAAGUAUUGAUUCAAAAAACUGCAAACUGAAAUACAGAAGUACAAAAGUACAGGUUGUUUUCAUCUUUGAUUUCUGGCUUUAAGCUAUCUAUUGAUUUUUGAGUUACUAAUCAGGAUUUUGACUUACUAACUGGGAUUUCCAGUCAGGAGACAGAGAUGUUGCACAAAGCUGAUGGGAAGUGAUCAGAAAUACAGUAAAGGACCUGAGACUGAGGCGAAUAGUAUCACAUCAAUUUCACAAUGACGCUUAUUCAAGAAAAACAGGGCUUACUUUUAUCACAGGAUUUUCAAAAAUAUAUCAUAAGCCUAGAGUUCAUUUUUUAGCCAGUCCAGAAACUCUGAUCUGUUUUCACAAACCUUAAUUUAUUCUGUUAAAUUUCGGAGGGCUACAUAAAUUGCACCCUUUGUUCAGAUAAUCUUUGAAUAACUGUCCUCUGUGCUUGCAGACUGAAAGCAGAAUUAGGCAAGUGCAAAAGCAGCAACAAGUGGACACCAUUCUCUAAUCCUUGAAUCUUUCUGUCCUAAAAGAGAAUCCCAUAAAGAAUUUAGUAGGUGUAAAGAUUUUCAUGUAUGACCGACACCUCUUUUUAAAGUUAUUACUGCUAAUAAUACACCCGUUGUUUUAAAGAGAGACAACCAAAUGUUUUAAUAUGUACUAGUGUCUGUGCAGUAAAUGUUUAAGACCAAUUCAUCACUUGAAGUGAAGAAUGUUUUCUUCACACUGCAGCUCUACCCACCAGCUGUCCUUUAUGUUAUUAAUUUCAUGCCUAAACAGAUUCAUUUGCAUGAUAAAAUGGCAGCCUUGAAACUCAUCACUAUCUGCAUGACAGCCAUGAAAUCUGACACAACACCCAAAUAAAGAAAGACUGGAUAUUUUCUUUAAAAGUAGGUUAAAUAAGUCUGUAAUGAUUUAAGCAGUUUCUACAAAAUAUGUCCUCUAUUAAGUUUUCCCUGGCACUGAUUUUUAUGCUCCUGAAAGAGAAAUGAAUCCCACAGCUGCCGCCCGCUACCAGUAAAACAGCAGAUGUGACACCACAGACAGAGUCACUUCUCACCAGGGCCAGGCUGCAAACUGUAGCGUGAACAUGGCAGACAGAAACGCCACCGAGGUGAACCGCAGGGUGACAUGGGCCAGAUUCCCAGACUUCCUUCUCAGACUCACAGCGAGACUUUUGUGUGGGAGUGUUUUGGCACAUCUCUCAGAUAUGAACUGCGAAGAAGAACUGCUUGGUGCCACGAACAGGAAAAAGAAGCUUGGUAAUUUAUAUUUUGCCGACCACAUUGGCUACCUUUUAGUUGCUGACUUGAAUUAUCUCAACUUUCCCUACUGAAAAUAUCUUUUGUUCAUUUAUUAGUGAUUUACUUAAAGUCUUUGACAAGCAAAAUAAAAUGUUGCUGUUAAGUGGGGUGGACUUACAAACUUUAUGUAAGAGGAAAAUUUUAAUCCGGUACUGGAAUCAUGUCCAAGAGUGGAAAAAUAGCUUUAACAUAGGAACGGUAAUUUUAGAAAAACAUUUUUUUUUUUUUUCCAGCCAGACAGUACACGUUAUUUAUGAACAGAAAAAUAAGACUUUAACUUGUAGUUAUUAGUCAAUUGGUUUAUCUUUUUUUAAAAGAGCUGCUGGUAACCAGUAACUUCAAAAGUAAGUUAAAAAAAAAAAAAAAAGCUAAAAUAUACAUCAGGUGCUUUCUAUCUGCUGCAGGUGGAUUGAGCAGCUGUGAAAGUAAAAGUAAAAAAUAAUUGAUAUUUUCUUAACCAAUAAUUAAGACAUUCUAGCAAUGACUUGUUAGUUCAAAGAUGUGACUGUAUUCCAAACUUUAAGCUAAUGCUGCCAAAUCUGACUGUAAACUUUUCCAAAAUUAGACAUUUUUACCUGUUUUUGGAACAAGCUGAACCCAUUUAAUGGCUCCACAGGAAGAACACCCAGGCAGGUUCAUACAGGCAUAAUAACAGGGGCUCUGGUCAGUACUAGAGGGGCAAACUCUAAAACAACACAAUCUUCUCUUUUAAUGGCUUCAUCUGACAAGCUCUGCUAUGUCGUAAUUACUUGCUUCAAAGAGGUGCUCUGUUCAUUCUAAAAUUGGAUUAAAGACGAGAAGUUACUGGAAACCAAUUAGUGUUUCUUCCCAUAAUGUGAGAAAACAUUUUGGUUGCACUGACGGCGUGUCAUAAUCAUUUAGUCUCCUGCUGAAGCAAAGCAAAUGAGGGACAAUAUCACUUGGUUCAAAUAAAGUCAUCCAGGAGAAGAAGCUCCGUUCUACAGUUCUGCUCUAUUCCAAUCCACAUAACAUGACCAAGGUAAAAAGAGUUGGGAUCAAGUUAAAAGUUGUUAAGUGGGUGAAAUCCUAUGGAAUUGGAUGAGGAACAGGAAAUGGAAACAUGUUGAGAGGCAUCAGAGAAUGGAAUGUGACUAAACCGAGCUUGUCGUGCCAAUAUCUCCAUCCCCGAGACUCUAAAGUAAUCCCCGACUGCGACAGCAUUCAGCAGGACCACUUUGAUGGAGCUGAAUCAAGUUCCACGGCAGCUUAGGUGCAUCCAAGCAAAUGAUCCGAGAAUCAUAAUUAGAUUGUAAAAUCGUUCCCUGAUGUAGGGAGUCAAACGCUGUUAUUUCCACUUCAAACCGCACACUAAAACACCAGGACACAGUAAUUAGGUGAGACACUGUCACACGUGUUUUUUUUAUGCAACAUCAUGAUGCUUGCAAUUAUGCAAUACCAAAAUAUAAAUCAAUGUAAUUGAUUUGUUAUGUAAUAACCACAACUUGCUGCAGAACUGCUCUAAGAGUCACUAAGAACUUGCUGGCAGCAGUACUGCAGUGUUUAGGCACAACAACAAAUUUAAUGUAACACAAAAAUGACCUGAAUGUUGAAAACAAUUUACAUCAACCAUCCAUAAGCUGGCCUUGUCAAAUAAAAUACAGACCACACUGUGUGGCUUUAAAAGAAUGUGACUGUUUUUACAGCAUCUUCUAGGUCAGUUUGAAUAAGGCAGAAACAUAUAAACUGAGUAAGCACUGAUUAACAAAGUGUGAGGUAAAAGCAGAACUUACGACACUACA